UCCAUCUCAUUCGUUGCUGCUUACUUUCGAAGUAGCUCGAAAUCCUCUCCAAAGCAUAUCCAAAAUGUGUGUAUUUUUUAAAUGAUUACAUUUAACGCUACGUAACAUUAUCGAGAAGAUAACUUUCGUUUCUAAGGGAAUCAAUCAAUCCGCUUUCUCGCGACAUAGCCAGCUGUCACUAUUGUUGACAGUGUGGAUUAUUUUACUCGACGAGAUAACUGCAGCCAUGAUGGCGUCCAACUACAACGCUAGUAAGGAAGAGGAGCCUGGUGCUAUGGGCCAUGGAGGAGCAGGAACUGUGAAAAAUAAAAAACCGGACAACACUGCGUUCAAACAGCAACGACUGCCUGCUUGGCAACCUAUUUUGACAGCGGGCACUGUUCUUCCAGCUUUCUUUGUCAUUGGUCUCAUCUUCAUCCCAAUCGGCAUUGGACUCUUCGUGACAUCAAACAACAUAAAAGAGUUAGAGAUCGAUUACACUGGUGUUGACAUGUCAAGUCCGUGCUAUAACUGCUCACAAAGCUACAGCUGGAACAGCACAAAGCCAUGUACCUGCUCUGUCCCCUUCUCUCUGGAUCAACCAUUUGAGAGCAACGUCUUCAUGUACUACGGAUUGUCAAACUUCUAUCAGAAUCACAGACGCUAUGUGAAGUCUAGAGAUGACAGCCAGUUGAACGGAGACAAAACUUCUCUAAAGAGCCCCAGCAAGGAAUGUGAGCCAUACCGCACCAGUGACAACAAGCCUAUUGCUCCAUGUGGUGCUAUCGCCAACAGCCUCUUCAAUGACACUCUGGAGCUGUAUUACAUUGACCCCAAUGGCUCCAGAACGGCGAUUCCUCUGGUGAAGAAGGGUAUUGCAUGGUGGACAGACAAGCAUGUGAAGUUUAGGAACCCCGGUGGAAACAACGACAACCUCACUGUAGUUUUCCAAGGCACAAGCAAACCUGUCAACUGGAGGAAGCCUGUCUAUGAGCUGGACCCUUUGGACCCUGACAACAACGGCUUCAUCAAUGAGGAUUUCAUUGUGUGGAUGAGGACCGCUGCCCUGCCCACCUUCCGCAAGCUGUACCGCAUCAUCCAUAAGAAGCCCAACAACAUGACCCCGACUCUGCCCCGAGGAGAAUACAUCCUUGAGGUCACCUACAAUUAUCCCGUGCGGAGCUUUGAGGGCAGGAAGCGUAUUAUCCUGAGCACCAUCUCCUGGAUGGGCGGCAAGAAUCCCUUCCUGGGCAUCGCUUAUAUCACCGUGGGCUCAGUCUGCUUCUUCUUGGGCAUCAUCCUCCUCAUCAUCCACCAUAAAUAUGGCAACCGUAACAACAGUGCAGAAAUUCACAGCUGAAGGGCUUCCUAAUAUGGUGACUGUACUUCCUCCUCCCUCUGCAUUCCUGGGUCUAGGCAUCACUGGUCUGGCCCUGCUCUGCUCUGGACUGCUUGCUGAUUUAGCCUGGAUGCACUGGUUUUUGUUUGCUCAAAUGUUUGUUUUGUGUUGUAAUGUUAGCUCACUCAUCCCCACCUCCAGUGGAAGGCUGCAGUCAGGUGUUUGUUCAGAAGGGUGAUACAAAAUAUAUCUAUCUGGAAUGUAUAGAACUGACAUAGUUGCUGAUUCGCAGUGACAAGAAAGUCUGUUCUACACAAUAUAUUUAUAUCUGAAAUGUCUGUAACAUUGUGCCCUCCUGUAUAAGCCCCAGGUGUGUGUUGCAGAGUGAGUUACACCCUGUAAACUAAUGGGACGAGACACAAGAAGGCUCUGGAAGCUUAGGAUACUCUGUCUUUGUACAACAUGACUGCUGAAAAUGUUGUUUGUGGUCCUUAAGUACAUUGUUUCUAUUUAUCCAGAUGUUAUCUUAAUGGAGAACAUGUAUAUUAUUUGAGCAAUGCGUGUCAUUAAUGGCUCGAUACUGAACGAUGUCUAUUUUAAAGUAAGUUCUACACUCUUAUUAUGUAAUAUGUCCUGCUGGUGAAUGUACUAAUGUAUUUAAUUUACAUAACUUUGAAGCUGUUUCAAACUGGCGUAAAUAUGGAAUGGGGAACAAAAGCUCAUAGCCAUGUUGCUUCUGCUUUGUUUAAGGGACAAAAGCAGUCAUAGGUUUGACCAGUUCACAUACUGAUUUUAUUGCCUCCAAUUUGUUUGUCAAUGUCUAAUAGUUCAAUGUAUAAUCAAAUGUUUUUUUUUUUUUUUUUUAUCAAUUACUGUAUUUAUUUAUUGGUCAAAGUGCUUAAAUCCACUAUGGUAUGUGUGCAAUCCUAUUUUAUAAUCUGACGAUACAUCCACAGCCAACUUGAUUUGAAGUUAUGGACCAAUGCUACUGAUGUUGUCUCUACGAUGACACUUGACAAUCAAAAUCAAUUUUAAAACAAAUUUACAAAUCUAUCAUUUCAAUGUUGACCAAAUGCUAUGCAUUUCACAAGUGUCACAUUUGUUAUGCAGUUCUUCUUACAUUUUCAUUUGGUCAUUAUCUUUUUUUCAAAGCUAAUUCCGCCCUUUAUUCUUUAAUAUUGUGUUGGAUAAUUUACUGACAUUUCAGAAGUUAAUAAAAUUCUAAAAAUGG